CCCUUCUCUCCUUUCUUCUUCUCUUCUCUCGCAGAGGAAGAGAUUGAUGUGGUUACGGUGGUACGCUGCUCUUCCAGCCCCUCCCCUCUGUCCUCAUUGGCUGACCGUCAGCAGAAACAGGAAGAGGAGCAGCGGGCUCUUCAGCGCCACCACUUCGAGAUCCAGCUGCAGCACAACUACGCUGCGCCGUGCCCUGCCUCGCCGCCACCUUCCUCCUCUUCUUCUUCAUCCUCGACAUCGUCCAACAAGCGCUCAAGAGGGAGCGACAGCUCCUCACGCUACCACCACUCUUCCCGCAGCUCUUCUUCGUCGUCCUCGUCGCGGUACCACCACCACCACUCAUCUCGGAACUCGACAGAGACGGAGGAUGAGGAGGAGAGGCGGCGGACACACAAUGUGAUGGAGAGGCAGAGGCGCAAUGAGCUGAAGAACUGCUUCAUGCGCCUGCGAGACAACGUGCCCGAGCUGUCGCACAACGACAAGGCGUCCAAGGUGGUGAUCCUGAAGAAGGCCAGAGACUGCAUCUACGGCCUGGAGGAGGAAGGCCACAGAUUGCAGUCCAAGAGGGACAAACUUAGAGCCAAACAAGAAGAGCUGAAAGCCAGGCUGGAGCAGCUCCACAGCUAAUGGACCAGGGUCGAACCAUGGGGUGGGGAGCUUUGUUUUUAGGUGUUUAUCUC